AUGGUUCUUCAACUGUUUUUAGCUCUUCUCUCUCUGUCCUUCUUUGUUUCUGCGGCAGUUUGCCGGAUUCCGCCGACUCCGGCCAACAUAAAAUCAUGGUGCAGUAAGACACCACACCCAAAGCCCUGUGAGUUCUUCCUUACCCAUAACCCUAAAUAUGGCCUUCCAAUCAAGCAAAAAUCUGAUUUUCUCAAGGUUUCCAAGCAAUUAGCCCUAGACCGGGCCAUGCAUGCUCAGUCUCACACUUAUAGUCUUGGCUCAAAGUGUCGUAAUGAGCGUGAAAAGGCUGCAUGGGCUGAUUGCCUCGAGCUUUACGAAUCGACCAUAGAAAAGCUCAACAAAACAAUGGAUCCCAAGACUAAAUGUAGCCAGACUGAUGUCCAAACAUGGCUCAGCACGGCUUUAACCAACCUCGAGACGUGCCGAACCGGGUUCAUGGACCUCGGUGUUACAGACUAUGUAAUGCCCUUAAUGUCAAACAAUGUCUCAGCUUUGAUAAGCAACACUUUGGCCAUUAACAAAGGGAAAAAUGGGAAUGGUGUGCCGAGUUACAAAGAAAAGUUUCCGAGUUGGGUCUCGCCCGGUGACCGGAAACUGUUGCAGUCUCGGUCUCCGGCAACUCGGGCCAACAUUGUGGUGGCCCAAGAUGGAUCGGGGAACUAUAAGACGAUAACUCAAGCCGUCGCUGCGGCCAAAAAAAGGAAGGGCAGUGGGAGGUUUGUGAUAUAUGUGAAGGCAGGGACUUACAAGGAGAAUGUUGAUUUUGGAAGCAUGAAGAACAUCAUGUUGACCGGUGAUGGCAUCGGAAAGACUAUAAUCACCGGCAGCAGAAGUGUUGACGGUGGUUCUACCACUUACAAGUCUGCCACCGUUGCGGCUAUGGGAAGUGGAUUUAUAAUGAAAGCCAUCACUAUCAGGAACACUGCCGGAGCUCAAAACCACCAGGCUGUGGCUUUUCGGGCUGGCUCGGAUCUUUCAGUAUACUAUCAAUGUAGUUUUGAAGGAUACCAAGACACACUCUACGUCCAUUCUCAAAGACAAUUUUACAGAGAGUGUGACAUUUAUGGAACUGUUGAUUUUAUUUUUGGAAAUGCGGCGGUUGUCUUCCAAAAUUGUAACUUAUAUGCACGAAACCCUCCUAACAGGACCAACACUUUGACAGCCCAAGGUAGAACAGAUCCUAACCAGAACACCGGAAUCUCGAUACACAACUGUAGAGUCAAGGCAGCUCCUGAUCUAAAACCAGUUCAGGGCUCGGUCCAGACGUUUCUUGGCAGGCCAUGGAAGCAAUAUUCACGUACAGUCUAUAUGAAGACGUACCUUGACAGCUUAAUUGCCCCUGCUGGUUGGUUUCCAUGGAAUGGCAAUUUUGCUCUAAGCACUUUGUAUUAUGGGGAGUAUAUGAAUACGGGUCCUGGUUCGUCAACUGCAAGAAGGGUGAAAUGGGGUGGCUACCAUGUCAUAAACAGCGCAGCCGUGGCGUCUGAGUUCACGGUUGGAAACUUCAUUUCCGGCAAUUCCUGGCUGCCGGCCACCAGUGUGCCUUUCACUUCUGGCCUUUGA